AUGCCAACCGAUUUGGAAAAUUUCCCUAAAAGAACCCAAGAAAUUAUUCACGAGUGGGCUAACGUUGUACAAACUAAACAUGCUACUACUGAGGAUAAAGAAGAUAAACUUUAUAUGGGAGAUCCUUUAUUGAUUAUCGAACGGGAUGAAAACGGACUUCAGCAGAGAGGAAUUCAGAAGACCGUUAUAAUUAAUGCGAUUCUUGGUGUCCAAGCACAGCAGAUAGUUCAGAAUAUUGCCGAUACAUUACAAAGAACAUACGCGCAGAGAGGAAUUCCUACAUUAGGACGAGUGUAUGUGGUGGUUGCUGAAAGAAGAAAUACCUUGAGAAUUACUGAAAAUGA